AUGGUGAAGUGUGAGUAUUGUUUCGAGGGUUCUGCCGUUUUACGGAGAUCUUUUUCAGGCCUUCCAUCUUGUAAAACUUGUUUUAUAGAAUCUUUCGAGAACGAUAUUUACGAGUAUAUUAUGAGUGAGAAACUUAUCUCUGAUGGUGAUAGUGUGUGUAUUGGUGUUUCUGGAGGGAAGGAUUCCUCGGUUUUAGCGCACGUUUUAAGUAAAAUUAAGGAAAAGUACAAGAUGGAUUGGAAUUUAUACCUUUUAGGUGUAGAUGAGGGAAUAAAAGGGUACAGAGAUGACUCUCUAAAGGUCGUGAAAUCAAUUUUUAAGGAUCGGUUUGGUUUUAGUAUGGAUCAAGUGGUAAAAUUAAUAGGGAAAAGGGGAAAUUGCACUGUUUGUGGUUCCUUUAGACGUCAAAUGCUUGAAAUUGGCGCUAGAAUUUUUGGAGCAAAUGUUCUGUGUACUGGACAUAAUGCUGAUGAUAUGGCUGAAACUGUACUCCUCAACCUCUUCAGAGGUGAUUUACUCAAACUAACCAACUCUAACAUCACAACUUAUAGUAUUAAUAGCGUAGGUGAACUUAAUGGAUUUAAGGAAGAUUUGGACAACCAAAUUGAUGGGAAAAAUGUAAAUUUAGAAAUAAAGUCAAAAUUAAAUCAGUCAACUAAUAAUAAAUUAAGGAAAAUAAAAAGAGUAAAGCCUUUGAAAUAUUCAUUUGAGAAGGAAAUUGUUCUAUAUGCUCGCUAUUUAUCUUUGGAUUAUUUUUCAACUGAGUGUAUUUACUCUCCUGAGGCCUAUAGAGGCCAUAUGCGUUCCUUUAUUAAGAACCUUGAACUCAUAAACCCCAAAAUAAUACUCAAUAUAAUUAAGUCAGGUGAUAACUUUCAUUCGGAACACACUUCAAAUGGUGAAGCACCAGAAAGAAAUUUCUGUCAGAUUUGUGGAAUUGAUAGCAUUAAUAACAUUUGCAAACCAUGCAAAAUCGUACAACAAUUACAUAAUCUCGAAGGCUUAAAUGGUAAUAAUAUGAUGAGUGAUACAAAUGAGUUUUGUGAUUCUGGAACAGCUAAUAUUGUUAGUGGAGUUGAUUUGGAAUCUGGGAUAGAAAUGGGUAAAAAAGCCGGGAAAUCAAAUUAUAUUAACAAUAACAUAAGAAAGGGUGUGAAAUUAAGAUAUGAUGGCUAA